UUUUUUUGGGAAAAUCAAAACAAAUGUUUUUAUUUUAGGAAAAUGCUUAAAAUGAAUUUACUAUAGCAUUAAUUUACUAUCAUCUUUCAUCUGAUAUCUUUAUAAGACGAACCUUUACAUAUAAAAUUAGUGAGCGUUUGCAUUUUAAUUGAUUUUUCAGUGCUGAAAUUAAAAUGAGUGUGUCUCAGCAAUUCGCUUUACAUUCCGGUGAACUAUGCAGCCACUUAUAUGUAAAAGAUUAUAAUAAGGAGACCAUAAACUCUUUGAUCAAUGAGCUAAAUGCUAAGCCAUAUAAAGCUGAGCUGUUUGUCGGGAAACAGGAUGCAGCUGCUCUUAUAACUUCGCUGUGUGUAAAUAUCAAACCAAUAGAUGAAGUUUUGGCUGCAAAGACUUCCCAUUUAAUGAAUAGUAUUGUCACAAAGCAGAAUAUUCAAUUUGAUAGUGAUUACUUAACGAAAGUGAUAGCAUGGCAUAUUGAUUGUAUCAAGAAAUGUUCUGAUAUAAUUUUACCAGAUAUUCUGCAUAACAUGCAAAGCAUAUUGCAAAGCAAUCCACAUAGCGGGCAAAAGUUUAUCAAUGAUUUGAUUGGAAAACAAGGGUUUCUCACAAAAAUCAUUAGUGGUGAUAAAAGUAACACCUUAUCGACUCAGGACCCCCUGCAAAUAUGUUUGAUGGCUAUCAAAUGUGUUAUAAGUCUACUAACAAUGGAUGAGAACAAAUCUAGUAUCCAAACUGAUGUUAGCAUUGAAGUAAAAGAAGAAAUAUCUGAAAUUAUUGUCAACUAUUUGAUGAAAGGGUGCCCUAAGUCUCAUGAUGAAUCAAUUUACUGUAAAAUUGUCAUAUCAGCACUAAGAGUACUGUCACACCUUUAUUUCAAUGAACAAAAGGUUGAUAUACCAAUGCCGGAAGUAAUGGGGAUUUGUCGGUAUUUUAUUUUAUAUGGACUUGUAAGUCAAGGUAAUAAACCUGAGCGGAUAAUGCCAUCUCAGCAAACCGUUGCAGCUGCACCUGUUAAGCCAAAUCCCAAAGGUGGAAAGAAACAAAAAAUCAGGAAGCAAAGGAACAAUGCUAUAGAGAGCCUAAAAAAAGAGAUACCCGUUUCUGAUCGUAGUUUAAUGAAGGAUGUAGAUAAUUUUGAAAACAAUUCUGCAUAUAAGCCGGCCAGUAAGAAUUAUUUGGACCCCCAGAAGACUAAAACAUGUUGGAAUCUUACAAGCGACUCUGAUAUGUCAGAUGUUGAGAAUGGGAGGGAAACGAAGCUUAUCGCGUUAAGGUCGAGAGUGCGACAGAGUGCUGCAAAUUUGUUCUUAGUAGUUUUUAAGGUGAAAGAAAAGAAAGACAUAUUCGGCUACUGGUGGGCACUUUUACCAGAUUCUCCUGAUGAAAACAAUUGGUUGUUAGAAGAUAAAUCGAAGAAAACCCUUGCAUAUGCCGGCGUCACAGAUCCUAUAGCCAGAAGCAGGGCCAGUGCGCUCAGUGUGGUCCUGGCUUUAUUAUCUGGGCCCAGAGUGUAUUUGUCACAGGCAGAAAGUAGCAAGAAAAGCCACACUUCAUUCAUUCCGUUCUCGGUUUCUCUCGGCUACAUAAUAACUUGCAUGCAUAAGAUUCUAGUGGGCAUACUGGACAGCGAGAGAAGCCAUGCAGUUAUCUUAGUGGCGCUCAAAUGCUGUGCCGCAUUGGUACAGGCCACUCCUUAUCAUAAGAUGCAAGAAGGUUUGAUUAGCGAGCUUGUGAGAUCCACCAGAAAGUUUUUAGUACAUAGAGAUAUAACAUUACAAGUUGGUGCCUUAAUAACAGUAGGAUGCGUCCUGUCAAUAGAUCCUAAAGUGGACGAAACUUUAAAAGCAAUGGAGAAAGAUACAGUGAGAUAUAAAAAUCCAAAUGAACAAAUAAACAAGGAAAAUAUGCCUCUAAACGACGAGUGUGAUGACUUUGAAGAGGGAUAUUCUGACGACGAAAUGUUUACUGCUGUAGACUCAGAAAUCUGUGACGUAAAAGUUGAAAAUAGUAAAGAGACAUACUUUAAGUACUGGAUAUUAGAUAUUUGCUUUAAGAAUAUGGGAUGGUUGUUUAAGGAUAACCAAAUAACUAGGUGCAAACCAUCAGCGAUUCCAAUAAUCCUGGAGUCCCUCCAAGUAUUAUCAGCGAUUGCGUUUCAUCAUCUCCCAGAACUACUACAGUCGCACAUCACACUUCUGGCUGACGUGCUCAGUGAAAUGUUACAGCACGAACAUCAGGACGUGGUGUUACAGUCCGCAAGAACUAUAAGCAUUAUCGGAGAUGCCAUACAGAAACUGGAGCAACAAGAAAAAUCAAUACCCCUAAACCAGUGCGUGUAUAUGUGGGAAAAGUUGUUAACGCAUCUGUCUACGAUAUUACAAAAUCAAGAGAAUGUACCCGCUAAGGCCGUUGUUUGUGACUGCAUCGCUAAUAUCGGUGAAAAGUCUUUCAAGGAAUUACCGGGUCGCAUGCAGAUGUUGUGCUGUACACUACUAAUAGGGUUGUGCAGUGACGAGGAGCCGGCAGUGCGCGCGGCCGCGGUCAGAGCACUAGCUAUGGCGGUUAUGUACCGCUCACUGAGAGAGGACAUUGGUUUCGUAAGCGACUGUGGGGAGAAUAUACUUCGCGCGUUGGCUGAACCAACACUAGUAGUGCGUACUAAAGCCGCGUGGGCUCUAGGCACCCUUAGCGAUGCACUGGUUUUGAACAUGAAGGAACCGGAGAUUGAGGACAUAGAUGAUGACCUCUUGCUUCGACUACUAGAGGUCAGCAUCCAAUGCGCCAACGACAAUGAUAAGGUUAAAAUGAGUGCAACCCGGGGUCUCGGAAACCUUUUGCGGCUCAUCAAGAAUGACAAUCUACAACGCCACCCGCAAUUAAAGACCUUAUGCGAGAUGGCAAUAGGGAAGCUUUUGGAUUGCGCGUGUAAGGUCUCCAACAUGAAGGUCAGAUGGAACGCUUGCUACGCUCUCGGCAAUGCGAUGAAGAAUGAAGACUUAUUUACGUGUUUUAGCGGAUGGCAGAGCAAAGUUUUAUCCAGUCUCUGUACACUGGCUCAAGAGUGUAAGAAUCUCAAAGUGCGUAUAAACGCAGCGGUUGCGUUGCGCGCGCCCGAAAACAGGGGCCAAUAUGGCGACCAAUACGUACCACUAUGGCGGGGUAUUAUGGCUGCGAUGGAAAAUGCUGCCAAUGUCGCCGAUUUUAACGAGUACAAACAUAAGGAUAACCUUAUUGAACAGCUAUGCGUAACACUGGCUCAUCUAUGCUGCCUACUGAAGCCUUCAGAUUUACCGGACAUAUUGGAUCCUCUAAUCUUCCACUUCGACUGCGCCAAGUCCCUAUACACCCAGUCGUAUCACAAACUAGCCCCCGAAAACGCUUCCUGUAUGAAAAUAUUGCAAGCGGCGAAAUAUAUUACAGUUGAUUUGACGCCUGAGAAUGAAACGCAGUCGCAAUCUUUAGGAAUGCUUCAAGAAAUUUUCAUAUGGGACGUGUGAUGUUAACGGUAAAGGGUAAACAGAUAUAUUUUUUAUGCCAACGUAAAUUCAGCUUUAUGAACUUUUGCAUACGGUCAAAAUUUGUAUAAUUCCUGGGUUUCUUUUCCGAACUUGGAUGUAGCCAUUCGUUGUACGCUACGUGAAUUUAUAUAAUGAAAGCAAAACACUGAGGAGAUUGACACUGCCGCUAUGCCAAAGUAAAUAAGGCUUAAUUUGAGUU